ACGACGAGCGCAGUCGCGAGGGUGACUCGGAUCGAGGCGGCAGCGGCCCCUGCGCUUUGCGGUCGCCCAGUCCACGCCGCCCCCGGAUCUCCUCCUAGCCGGGACGCCCUGUGCCGCGUUCAGCUGUGGGCCCUCAGAACGGGGGAGCUCUGGAGGGCGGACGGACUGGCUAGGCAGCGGAGCUCGGGUCCCGGAGGGCGGGGCGCUCCUUAGGAGCUGGGCAGGCCGGCAGUUAUCGCAGUGUGGAGCUGCUCCUCAGGCGUGUAGGAGCGCUCGGUGUCUUCCCGACAACUGGGCGCGCCGCCAAAGAGAGCAGCUGGGAGUCCCUACCGCUGAUCCGGCGCGGUGUGCGCUCCGGUUCCCACCUCACCCUGCAAGCCCGGGGGUUCUGGGCGGAUGGAGCCGGCUAUUCCGGGGCUCCCAGGAUUCUGCCUACUCCGCGGCACGGCGCAGAGACGGGGACUUGGGGAAACAGCAGGCCUUCCCGACGCAUGGGUGUGGCAUUUGGGGUUCGGAUUCUCCCCAAGGCCAGAGUCCGGGUUGGGGUUCUUGAAGCUGCCGUGCUGCCAUUCUUGAGCGUCGCCUUGAAAGUAUGCCCCAGUAAGGACUGGUGUGCGAAGCAGGUGCCUCAAAGUUGAUUUUGACCCUGCAUGUGAUGGGCCUCGGUUUCGCCUCUGCAUGAAAGAAGAGGUCGGUCGUGAGGCCCCGGGCUGGGUCCUGCUCUGCUGUCCUUGGGCUCAUGGCCCUUUCCUGUCUCAGGCUUGCUCUGCUCUUUACCUGGGGUUGCUGUCGAGGACCCUGUGCAAGACUCGGCCGGUUUUUCUUUCUCCCUGAUGGACAGACCCAAACAUAGCCGCGCAGCAUCGUGAAGGGCUGGGGCCUUCACGCGUCUGUGGCUGUGGAAGGGCCUGGUUUCCUCAGGAGGUAAAGGAAUGUUCCUGUCCCCCGGAGGAAAGAAGGUGAAAACGAAAGCGCCCUGGCUGCUCCUGGUGUGGUCCCAUUUAAAACGAGGUUGCUGAAGGCCAGGACGCGUGCUACCCGGAUGUGUGCCCAGAAACCCUGCAGCCAAGAGCAGCCGCCUGGACCACCAGCCUCCCCUUCAUCCAGCUGGCCCAGCCCAGAGCCCAGGCCCACGUCUGGUGGUUUGUGUCUUACCAGAGGCCAGGCGGGGGCUGACUUCUCUCGGUUCUCAGAAGGUCAAGCCCUCUAUUAGCAUCUCCUCGAACAGUGGGCCGGGGGCAAGGUGGUGACUCUGUUCAGUCCUUAGGAUGGCUGAAAGCCAGAAGGAGGAGAUUAUGCCGCCAGAGCAGGGAGUGCCUUUCCAGGAAAGCGGCUGCUGGAGCAGCAUGGGAGCCCAGCCCAGGGAGCGUUCUGGCAGAGACCAUUCCGGAACAUGGAUCUGCGCCGGCGGCUCCCAGGAGACCUUCCAUCUCGGAGCUCCUGUGGAGACCACGUGCCUGGCAGGUCCUUACAGUUGUGGGUUGUGUGGCUUCUUGCCAGGCAGCUGAUUGGAGUUUGCGACUGUGGGUUGGUGAGAGUGGAGAACAUAGAGUGUUGUUUGCUGGAAUGCUUCCUUCUGCCCACAGGAAGACACCUUUGGCACGUGUGUUCUGGUCAGGGCAAAGGCUCCCUGACUUCCACCCCAAGAUUGCAGGAGCCAUGAGGCCUGGGCCACAGUUUUCUCCCUUGGGUGUGCUCCAUGGAAGGUGGUUUUGGUGACCGCCCUGCCACUGGUCUCUCCCCAGGCAGGCAGGCAGCCUGUGCCUCCGCCCUGUCUCCAGCGGUGGUGUGACUGUGCUUCUGCAAGGCCCGCAUCCACUCAUUGUCUGCCCUCUGCACUCUCUGGCUGGCCAGGGCCCCCAGUAGUCUACUCAUUGUGCCCUCACGCUUAGGCAGAGCUGAACUCAGGGAACGCAGGAAGAGCGGAGUGUUGGCCCGCCCAGAGUUCUUGGCUAUUGGUGUGUCAUGUGUGCCUCGUGCCCUGUGCUGUGCGAGAGUAGGCACAGCUGCACAGACAACGCCCUCGGCCAGGCUGGAGCCUGGACCCCUGCCUGGCAGCAGCUGGGUGAACUGGUGUCUUCUGCCUGCGGGCCCAGCCUCACCUCAGUAGCUUAGCGCUCCCUCAGGAGGGAGGAGGGGAGGCCUGGAAGCCUGGGCUUGGUGGGGUAAGGGUGGUGAGGGGCAGCACCUGUGGAGGAAGCAGGCGGGGUUGGGGCCCACUAGCGUCUGCUGUCUGCUCUGUGCUGGGUUGCAUCUGUUGGUGUCUGAUCGUUGUCAGGGCCCUGUGGUGAAGAGACACACCUGCCACUUGCUGCUUGUGAGGAAAGGGGGAGAUCCCCAACCCAGGAGCCAGAGGUGGGACUCCAGCACCCCCCAUUCCUGGGAGUUGGAAGUGAGGCACGAGCUCCCCAAUUCCUGGGCGUCGGAGAUGGGGUGUGGGGCCGAGGAGGGGAUGGCGACCAGGGUCUCAUGGUGGUUUGGUGGGAUCCUCGGAAGGCGUGGCUCUCCCCCUUCUGAGGACGCAAAAAGUCCCAGAGUUUUUGGUGAUUGAUGUGCCACGUGUGCCUUGUGCCCUGUGCCGUGUGAAUAUAGGCACAGCUGUGCAGACAACGCCCUUGGCGAGGCUGGAGCCUGGACCCCUGCCUGGCAGCAGCUGGGUGAACUGGUGUUUUCUGCCUGUGGGCCCAGCUUCACUUCACUAGCUUAGCGCUCCCUCAGGAGGGAGGAGGGGAGGCCUGGUCAGUGGAGGUCACCAGUAUGUUUCCUUCUAUGUGGGUUUGUAGUCACAUAGCAUCUAGGUUCAGACCUGAAGAGCUUGGAGCCAGGGGCUGGGGGGAACAGGGCAGGACCAGCCUUGGGGCAGUCCUGUCGGGCCCACCAGUGCCAUGCUGGUUGUGCGUUGGCAGGGCAGAGUGACCUUAAGAAGGGCCAGCUCAGUGGAGCAACAGGACAGAAGCUCACAUGGGGUCCAGCCUACAGGACCAUCUGAGUAGCUCUCCCAUAUCAGGUCCUUCGAAGCACAUGAUCUAGCUUUACUUUUUCUCCUUCAUAUUGGAAAAGUCACCAUAAUACCAUCAAGUCUUAAUUUCUGUGAUCUCAAUGCUUCAAGUAGGUGUGUAGCAAUUGCUGGAUGUGUCCUGAGAACUGUACCCCUUCCACCCUGGCGAGAAGCAGGGGCUCCAGAAGUUCACACCAGUGGCAUGGCUCAUUGAUUGUGGGAGACUCUGAGGGGCUCCUAGCUAGUGCAUUAUGGGAACCGGGCUGUGGAGGUUGCAGGGCUCGCUGGCUGGGAGAAGCUGAAUGGAUGAAGAACCCUGGCCACUGCGGUGCGUGCUGAUGGUUGGCUGGCACGUAGAGGAGGUGGCAGGGCUGGGUGAGCAGCAGGAGCCAGGUUAGUGGGGAGGCCCAAGCUAAGCGCAGGGGCAAGUUCUGUGGGUGGGAGAGCCAGGAGGGCAUGGGGGGCAUGCUGAGAUGAAAACGAUGUGUGCUUGUGACAAAAAGCCCAGAAGAGGCAGUAAGGGGGGAGGAGUCUAUCCCUUAUGGAGAGCACGUGGACUUCUGGGUGGGUGUCCUGCAGUUCCCUUCCUCCUGAGUCUUUUUAACUGGGGGUCCGGUGUGUUUGUGAUCAAUGACAUGUAUGCGUGUGCAUGUGUACCUUUGCGGGUACACAUGUGUGGCGUGUGUGCAUUUGCUUGGUGUGCGUGCAUUUGUGUGCGUGUGUGUGCAUGCAUGUGUAUGUGUUUGUGGUAGGUUUGUGCACACAUCCUGCAUACCUUUGUGCCUGGGAGUGGCAUGUGUGUGGUGGGUGUCCCUGUGCAUGAUGGAGUUGCAGCCGUGGUGCAUUUGUGAGAUUACCUCGGUGGCCUAAAUUGGGGAUUAGGAGGGCAUCCUCAGGUCCUUCCCACUGUCUGCUCGUCUGCCCACAGGCGGCUGUGCCCUAAACAGGAGGAGGCCAUUCACGCCUCGCCUGAGUUGUGUCCAAGGUGUGCGUGUGGCCAGGGGUCCAUCCACUUCCCUCUAGCCCAGCCCCUGAACACAGCUGCAGUGCACCGCCCCACUCCUCAGCUCUGCUCCCCAUCGCAACUCGAAGACGCUGCCCUGGCCCUGUGUGUGCAGCUCACGUGGACUGGGAGGGCAGGGCAGGUGCAGGUCUUGGGGCAAGAGCUAGAGCUGUCUUUUCCUUCCUGCACAGCCACAGAGCAGGUGGACGGGGCUGCUUCCCUGCAAGGGCCGAGGGCCAGGCCCCUUGGGGAUUUAUUCCUGGCUUAGAAGGGCGGGGCCGGAAGCAUGCGUGGUGGGGAUUAGGGACUCAGCACCCCCAGCUCUCAGUCCAGCAGACAGACCCACCCCAGGCUGACUACAGAGGCUGCACCCCAGCAAACAGGUAGGCCCUGUUCCUGGGGAGGAUUCCCACAAGGCAAAGGCCAGCUCCCGGGCCCUCACCUGCCACAAGUGUCCAGGCUAGGAUCCUGUUUGCCUUUCCCUUGGGGGCUGGGAGGGAGGCCCUCCAACCCCCUCUGGCAUUACCAGCAUCACAGAUAGGAGUACCAAGUCCGAUGAGAAGUUCCUGGAAUGGGCGUAGAUUCAGCAGAUCUUGACAAGACCAUAUCUGCAGGGCAAGGCAUGUCGGGCCCCAGGCCUGUGGUGCUGAGCGGGCCUUCGGGAGCUGGGAAGAGCACCCUGCUGAAGAGGCUGUUCCAGGAGCACAGCGGCAUCUUUGGCUUCAGCGUGUCCCGUCUCUCUGCUAGAUACCACAAGGAACCCGAGGCCCGGCGAGGAGAACGGCAAAGGGAGGUGAUGCAGCGUGACAUAGCAGCCGGCGACUUCAUCGAGCAUGCCGAGUUCUCGGGGAACCUGUAUGGCACGAGCAAGGCGGCGGUGCAGGCCGUGCAGGCCAUGAACCGCAUCUGCGUGCUGGACGUGGACCUGCAGGGUGUGCGGAACAUCAAGGCCACCGAUCUGCGGCCCAUCUACAUCUCUGUGCAGCCGCCUUCACUGCAUGUGCUGGAGCAGCGGCUGCGGCGGCGCAACACUGAAACGGAGGAGAGCCUGGCGAAGCGGCUGGCUGCUGCCCAGGCCGACAUGGAGAGCAGCAAGGAGCCUGGCCUGUUUGAUGUGGUCAUCGUUAAUGACAGCCUGGACCAGGCCUACGCAGAGCUGAAGGAGGCGCUCUCUGAGGAAAUCAAGAAAGCUCAAAGGACCGGCGCCUGAGGCUUGCUCUCUGUUCUCGGCACCCCGGGCCCAUACAGGACCAGGGCAGCAGCACUGAGCCGCCCCCUUGGCAGGCAAUAUGGCAGCUCUGUGCCCUUGGCCAGCAUGUGGAGUGGAGGGGAUGCUGCCCCUGUGGUUGGAACAUCCUGGGGUGACCCCCGACCCAGCCCCACCGGGCUGUCCCCUGUCCCUAUCUCUCACUCUGGACCCAGGGCUGACAUCCUAAUAAAAUAACUGUUGGAUUAGAAA